CCUUAGCAAGCUUUCAGCUGAAGAGAAAGUGUGUAGAGAAGAAACAAGACAAGAGCAACAAGCAUUCAGAAAUUCUCUUGUUUGUUAGUUUAAGGGCCUUCAACAAUACCUGAAAAUAGAGUUCUAUCUAGUUUUCACCUUCCACAUAGGAAGAAAAGUGAUUCAGAGAAUAAAAGUCAUCAGGUGGCAUGUACCAUCAUCACCAACACCAAGGAAAAAAUAUCCAUUCUUCUUCCCGAAUGCCGAUCCCAUCAGAGAGACACAUGUUCCUUCAAACAGGAAAUGGGUCUGGUGAUUCAGGACUUGUGCUCUCAACUGAUGCUAAGCCUAGAUUGAAAUGGACACCUGAUCUUCAUACCAGGUUUAUAGAAGCAGUCAAUCAGUUAGGUGGAGCUGACAAGGCUACUCCGAAAACGGUAAUGAAACUCAUGGGGAUUCCUGGGCUGACCUUAUACCAUCUAAAGAGCCAUCUUCAGAAGUACAGAUUGAGCAAGAAUCUGCAUGGACAAAGCACCAACGUGACACAAAAAAUAAGUGCAGGAACUGCGGAGAGACUUGCUGAACCCAGUGGAACUCACAUGAACAAAUUAAGCCUUGCACCGCAGCCUAACAAAGAUCUACAUAUUGGCGAGGCACUGCAGAUGCAGAUUGAAGUUCAGAGAAGGCUCAAUGAACAACUAGAGGUACAGAGACACUUGCAGCUUCGUAUAGAGGCACAAGGGAAGUACCUUCAGUCUGUGCUGGAGAAAGCUCAGGAAACUCUUGGAAGACAGAAUUUGGGAAUAGUAGGACUAGAAGCUGCCAAAGUUCAACUCUCGGAGCUCGUGUCUAAAGUAUCUUCUCAGUGCCUGAACUCGGCAUUUUCAGAGCUGAAGGAACUACAAGGAUUUUGCCCGCAGCAAAACCAAACCAAUCAACCAAACGACUGCUCCAUGGACAGCAGUUGCCUCACAUCCUCUGAGAGAUCACAGAAGGAGCAAGAGAUUCAAAAUGGAGGCCUUGGCAUGAGACCCUUCAAUGGUCAUGUGUUCAUGGAACAACGAAAGGAAACCGCGACAACAGAACUUCCUCACCUUCGAAACGCAGAACUCAAGUGGCAUGAUGAAGUGAAAAAGAACACCUUUCUCACCCCAUUGGGGAAGAACGAAGAAAGAAUUACUUAUGCUGUAGAAAGCAGUUCUAACAACUUAUCUAUGACAAUUGGACUUGAAAGAGAAACACAGAAUGGCAUCAGCAUGUAUCCUGAAAGAGUAAUCAGGGAAGGCAACUCAGAUGGUCAUGAAUUCCAGCACAGGAACAGCAACAUGACAGAAAAAUUGAAACCAGUGGAUGAGAGGUUGCCUUCUUACUUUGCAGCAGCAAGAUUGGACUUAAACACUGAAGCUGCAACCAGUUGUGGUAAGCAACUGGACUUGAACAGAUUCAGUUGGAACUGAGUUGAGAAGCUUAAAACUUCACACUGAGUGAAGAAGAGAUACAGAAAACAAUGCUUCUCCAAAAUUUGAUUCUGAAUAAUCAAGAGGAGGGUAGUUAGUUGGACUUGGAUAAAGUGUAAUAUCAGCUGCUAAUUCUUUCAAAUCAACACGCAUCCAGAUAAUAUGUAAUUUUUAGGUGAAUGAAAUAAGUUGCAGCAACAAAGACCAA